AUAAACUAAAAUACUGUUCUUCAUUUUUUGUUACUAUCAAUCAUCACUACAGUCAUGAUCAAAAGUAAGUACACCCUCAUUUUUAUCAGAACUUCUCUCCUUCCUCAUGAAGAUUUUAUCAACCUGCCUCUGAUUUCACCUCAGAGCUUCUACUUCCUGGUUCUGUUGCUCUGAAGGAAAAAACUACAAGCCAGGUGGACUGUGACGUCAUCAGUAACGCAACAUCCGUCACAUUUACUUUCGGUUUGAAUUUACCUGUUCAGGUGCGGCGUCAGUCUGUUAGUUGGGUCUCAGUCUGUUGUUUAAAUUUUCUUCUUUAACUCUUUGGAUCGUUUGAACAAACUGUGAAGGUAGAAAGUGUGUGUGAGCUGAUGUGAAUUCAGCAGCAUGGAUCAGUGUGAGGACAGAGAGGAGGGAGUCCCUCCCUCUAAAACCACUCUGUGUGGGGAAGAUGAGAGCCAGAGCAAAGGUCAGAGGAUCCAUGAGAGACCAGAACCAGAACCAGAACCCAGCUGUGUGUCCUUGAAGAGCGACAGGUCAAAGGGUCUUCUCAUUGGAUUUAAAUCUCCUGGAUCUCCACCAUCAGAGAGAGUGGACCAGAAAAGCUCAGAGGUUCCCAGUGGUCCAUCUGCCCAGCAGCAUCAAGCACAGCUGGACUCCAUAUUUAUGCUGCUGGAGGACAAUAUUGUCACUUUUGUGAAGAAAGAACUGAAGAAGAUCCAGAAAGAUCUGAGUCCAGAUUACCCAGAACAUUCAGAGAGUCAGAGAGAUGACGAUGUGUUGGAAGCUGAUGAUGAAGAACAGAGGAGGAGCAGCAGAGAGGCAGUGAUGAAGAUCACACUGAACUUCCUGAGGAGGAUGAAGCAGGAGGAGCUGGCUGACUGUCUGGAGAGCAGAUAUUUUGCUGCAGUUUGUCAACAUCACCUUAAAUCUGGUCUGAAGAACAAGUUCCAGUCUGUGUUUGAGGGGAUCGCUAAAGCAGGAAGUCCAACCCUUCUGAACCAGAUCUACACAGAGCUCUACAUCACAGAGGGAGGGACUGGAGAGGUCAAUGAUGAACAUGAGGUCAGACAGAUUGAAACAGCAUCCAGGAAACCACACAGACCAGAAACAACAAUCAGACAAGAAGACAUCUUUAAAGUCCCACCUGGAACAGAUCAACCAAUCAGAAGAGUGAUGACAAAGGGAGUGGCUGGCAUUGGGAAAACAGUCCUAACACAGAAGUUCACUCUGGACUGGGCUGAAGACAAAGCCCACCAGAACAUCCAGUUCAUAUUUCCAUUCACAUUCAGAGAGCUGAAUGUGCUGAAAGAGAAAAAGUUCAGUUUGGUGGAACUUGUUCAUCAUUUCUUUACUGAAACCAAAGAAAUCUGCAGCUUUGAACACUUCCAGGUUCUGUUCAUCUUUGAUGGACUGGAUGAGAGUCGACUUCCUCUGGACUUCCACAACAAGGAGAUCCUGACUGAUGCUACAGAGUCCACCUCAGUGGAUGUUCUGCUGACAAACCUCAUCAGGGGGAAACUGCUUCCCUCUGCUCUCCUCUGGAUAACCACACGACCUGCAGCAGCCAAUCAGAUCCCUCCUCAGUGCGUUGGCAUGGUGACAGAGGUCAGAGGUUUCAAUGACCCACAGAAGGAGGAGUACUUCAGGAAGAGAUUCAUAGAUAAGCAGCAGGCCAGCAGGGUCAUCUCCCACAUGAAGACAUCACGAAGCCUCCACAUCAUGUGCCACAUCCCAGUCUUCUGCUGGAUCACUGCUACAGUUCUGGAGGAUGUGUUGGAGACCGGAGAGGGAGGAGAGCUGCCCAGAACCCUGACUGAGAUGUACAUCCACUUCCUGGUGGUUCAGACCAAAGUGAAGAAGGUCAAGUAUGAUGGAGGAGCUGAAACAGAUCCACACUGGAGUCCAGAGAGCAGGAAGAUGAUUGAGUCUCUGGGAAAACUGGCUUUUGAUCAGCUGCAGAAAGGAAACCUGAUCUUCUAUGAAUCAGACCUGACAGAGUGUGGCAUCGAUAUCAGAGCAGCCUCAGUGUACUCAGGAGUGUUCACACAGAUCUUUAAAGAGGAGAGAGGUCUGUACCAGGACAAGGUGUUCUGCUUCGUCCAUCUGAGUGUUCAGGAGUUUCUGGCUGCUCUUCAUGUUCAUCUGACCUUUAUCAACUCUGGGGUCAUCUUGAUGGAAGAAACACAAAGAUCUAAGAAGUCUACAUUAUUUAAUAAGUCUGACCUAAAAUCUCUCCAUCAGAGCGCUGUUGACCAGGCCUUACAGAGUCCAAAUGGACACCUGGACUUGUUCCUCCGCUUCAUCCUGGGACUUUCACUGCAGACCAAUCAGAGACUCCUACAAGGUCUGCUGACAGAGACAGGAAGUAGCUCACAGACCAAUCAGGAAACAGUUCAGUUCAUCAAGAAAAAAAUCAGUAAAAAUGUGUCUGCAGAGAAAAGCAUCAAUCUGUUCCACUGUCUGAAUGAACUGAAUGAUCGUUCUCUAGUGGAGGAGAUCCAACAGUCUCUGAGUUCAGGAAGUCUCUCCACAGAUGAACUGUCUCCUGCUCAGUGGUCAGCUCUGGGUUUCAUCUUAUUGUCAUCAGGAAAAGAUCUGGAUGUGUUUGACCUGAAGAAAUACUCUGCUUCAGAGGAGGCUCUUCUGAGGCUGCUGCCAGUGGUUAAAGCCUCCAACAAAGCUCUACUGAGUGUCUGUAACCUCUCAGAGAGAAGCUGUGAAGCUCUGUCCUCAGUUCUCAGCUCCCAGUCCUCCAGUCUCAGUGAACUGGACCUGAGUAACAACAACCUGCAGGAUUCAGGAGUGAAGCUUCUCUCUGCUGGACUGAAGAGUCCAAACUGCAACCUGGAAACUCUCAGACUGAGUGGCUGUAACGUCUCAGAGAGAAGCUGUGAAGCUCUGUCCUCAGUUCUCAGCUCCCAGUCCUCCAGUCUCAGAGAACUGGACCUGAGUAACAACAACCUGCAGGAUUCAGGAGUGAAGCUUCUCUCUGCUGGACUGAAGAGUCCAAACUGCAACCUGGAAACUCUCAGCUUAUCAGGCUGUUUGGUCUCAGAGGAAGGCUGUGCUUCUCUGGCCUCAGCUCUGACCUCCAACCCCUCCCAUCUGAAAGAGUUGGACCUGAGCUACAAUCAUCCAGGAGACUCAGGAGUGAAGCUGCUGUCGGCUGGACUGAAGGAUCCACACUGGAGACUGGAAGCUCUCAGGGUGGAGCCUGCUGGAGUCCCAUUCUUGACACCAGGUCUGAGGAAGUAUUCCUGUCAUCUCACCAUCGACACAAACACAGUGAGCAGAAAACUCAAACUGUCUGAAGACAACAGGAAGGUGACAUGUGUGAAGGAGCUUCAGUCAUAUCCUGAUCAUCCAGACAGAUUUGAUAACUGGGAUCAGCUGCUGUGUAGAACUGGUCUGACUGGUCGCUGUUACUGGGAGGUCGAGUGGAGAGGAGAUGUUGAGAUAUCACUGAGUUACAGAAGAAUUGGGAGGAAAGGAGACAGUGGAAACUGUUGGUUUGGAAAUAAUGAUCAUUCCUGGAGUCUGAGCUGCUCUGAUGUUGAUGGUUACACUGUCUGUCACAAUAACUUAGAAGAUGAUCUCUCCUCCUCCUCUGUCUCUAACAGAGUAGCAGUGUAUGUGGACUGUCCUGCUGGCAUUCUGUCCUUCUACAGAGUUUCCUCUGACUCACUGAUCCUCCUCCACACCUUCAACACCACAUUCACUGAACCUCUGAUUCCUGGAUUCUGGCUCAGUUCUGGUUCCUCAGUGUUUCUGUGCUGAGUUGAGUCUAAAGAGUCUAAAGAUUUUCCUCCUGUCAGAGAAACUCUCUCACUGUUGAACAGAUAGUUCAGUCUCUACAAUCUAUUUCUUGGUGAAACAAUUCUGAUUGAGUCUUUGGAAACUUUUUCUUCUUCCAGUCCUUUAAAGAUGGAAGCUGGGAUUAUUCCAGGAUUAUUCCAGGAUUAUUCCAGGAUUAUUCCAGGAUCCUCAUGUUUUUCUGUCUGUUUCCAGUCAAAGCUUCACACUGAAUAUCAAGAUGUUGUUUCUCUUAUUUUUUACUUUCAUUCAUCAGAUUUCAUUGAAAUGUUGAUCAGUUUUUCUCAAUCACUGAUCAUUUUCUGUUUCUAUCGGCUCCUAUUUUUCUCAACAUGUCAGAUUUGAAUAUUAAAUCUUCCUUUUGUAAAUUUGCUGCAGUUUUUCUUCAUGUGUUUUAAAUAAAAACAUUUUUCUUCUGCA